CAUAAAAUAUCUCCUGUCCGACAUUUGAUAAAUUCUCGGAUGCAACCUUUCCUCGUGAGAAACAUUCAAUUGCUAGUUUUGUAAACACCGCGUCCUCCAAUCCAACGAUAAAACGAUACAAAUUAUUAAUUAAUUUCAAAACGACCCCACGUCUCAUUCUCUCUCUCUCGUCAAUCAAUCGCGGGCAGAGUUUCAGAGAAGUCGGACUGAUUCACGUGAUAAGGUUCCUUCUUUGAUCCCUAAAAUCUUUAAAGCUUGCUUUGUUUUUAUCCAUCUCUUUCUCAUUUAUUCAAAAUUUUCAGUCCUGUGUCGGUGAUUGGUCUCUGUACCUAGGGUUUCGUGUUGGUGUUUACCUUUCAUCUAGCCCUCCUGAUUCGAUUUUUCAACUGCAAUUCGUCAAAAUUUAGCAGAUUAAUGCAAUCUUUUUGCUCCUAAUAUCUACUACAUUGCCAUAAAUUAGUGCGAUUAUGCUAAAUUUUGGUGACUUUUUCCUAUUCAUUUGCACCAAAUUUGGCAGAUCACCUACAUUAUUAAUUUUCAUUGAAUUCCUUUAUUAGUUUAGUUCCUUUCAAACAUCUCACACAAAUGGGACUAUCGAUGCCAAAUCUAUCCACGAAAGCUCCUAACUUCGUUUAGAUUCGGUAGACUUAGCAGUGAAUUUAGGGAAAAUGCAGAACAAAGAGAUGGCUUCCAUUCGAUUGGAUGCAUCCAAGCAGGUAUACGCAACAAGCAGUCUUGUUAUUGGCUACGCACUCUGUUCGAGCUUGCUUGCAGUGAUCAACAAGUUCGCCAUUACCAAAUUCAACUACCCUGGUCUUCUAACUGCGUUGCAGUACCUAACUUCAGCUCUAGGAGUAUGGGUUUUAGGUAAAUUAGGGUUUUUACACCACGAUCCAUUCGUGAUUGAAACUGCUAAGAAAUUCAUGCCCGCGGCAAUUGUCUUCUAUCUAGCCAUCUUUACUAACACGAAUUUGCUUCGUCAUGCCAAUGUCGAUACAUUUAUAGUUUUUCGAUCCUUGACGCCCCUUUUGGUUGCCAUUGCCGAUACUACGUUUAGAAAACAACCAUGUCCUUCAAAGUUCACUUUCCUUUCUUUGGUGAUCAUUUUGGGUGGUGCCGUUGGAUAUGUUGCCACGGAUUCAGGUUUUACACUCACAGCCUACUCAUGGGCAUUUGCGUAUUUGAUCACAAUCACAACUGAAAUGGUUUAUAUCAAACACAUGGUGACAAAUCUUGGAUUGAACACUUGGGGGUUUGUGUUUUACAACAAUCUUCUCUCAUUGAUGAUGGCUCCUUUGUUUUGGAUUAUAACUGGAGAGUGUGCUGAUGUAUUCACUGCUGUGGGAUCGAGUUCUCGGAAUUGGUUUGACUCGGUUGCAUUUUUUGCAGUGUCAUUGUCUUGUGUGUUUGGGUUGCUAAUCAGUUUCUUCGGCUUUGCUGCCAGGAAGGCAAUCUCUGCCACAGCGUUUACGGUGACUGGUGUUGUUAAUAAGUUCCUCACAGUUGCUAUCAAUGUGAUGAUUUGGGAUAAGCAUGCUAGUCCGAUUGGUUUGCUUUGCCUCCUCUUAACCAUAGCAGGAGGUGUUCUAUAUCAGCAGUCAGUUACUGGGGUAGGCAAUGCUCCAUCAGUACGCGAGUCUGCAACGUCUAAGCUGCUGGACAACGAAAAUGAUGAUAACAAUUAUGGAGAUGAGGAAGAGAAGGGCAUAUCUGGUAAAAUUUCUGGUGUAUGAGUUUUUCCUUUUGAAUGUUUUCGGCCGCUGCCAAGAGUGUACUUGUUUGAAAUUUUAUGCCUAUCAUUAGUUACUUAGAUAUAUGUCUUAUGAGUUAUGCCUAUCAUUAGCUACUUAGAUAUCUGUCCUGUAUUAAAUUUGCACGAUAUUAUUAUUUUGAGAUAUUAUUUGAAUGUUCUCUUUU